AUGGAUAUUCCGCAAGAGCUUUUACAGGCGAUGACGAGCAUGCUUACUAGUGCAUUGCAAGCAUCCGCAGCUAACAUAACCGCAGGUAAUUCAACGAAUUCGACGGAAACACCAUCGUUGAUUCGUACAAAGAUACCGACAUUCUCAAUGACUGAAUACCGAACUUCGGAAGGAACAACGGUACAAGAUUAUUUUAAACGUUUCGAUUGGGCUCUUCAAUUAAGUAAGAUUACAAAUGAUCUAUACGCUAAUUACGCACGUGUACACAUGGGCGCAGAACUAAAUAACGCUCUAAAAUUUCUAAUCUGCCCGCGUCAACCAGAAGAUUUAACAUACGAUGAAAUACGCUUGACACUUAUUAAUCAUUUUGAUCGUACAAAAAACAAAUACGCAGAAAGCAUUAAGUUCCGUCGCAUAGUACAGCAAAAAGGUGAGACAAUUGCUAAUUUCUCAUUACGUUUGAAACAGGGUGCUGCCUAUUGUGAGUACGGCGAUUUUUUAGACAGGUUGCUGAUCGAACAACUCCUACACGGUCUCGAAUCGCGAGAGAUGUGCGAUGAAAUUAUUUCAAAAAAGCCAAACACAUUUGCUGAGGCAUACGAGAUCGCUCAAACGCUCGAGGCUACACGUUACACAGCCGAAGAGGUUAAAACCACAGGAUCUUUAGUAUCUCCAGAACAAACCAACAAAUUAGGUUAUGAUUCACUGAAAAAGAAACAAGGAAAGAAGACAAUGCGUUCAAGAUCACAAUCGCGCAAUCGAAGGCAACAACAAAAUUCUCAGGAGACAGAACGCAAAGGAAAGCGUUUCAACAAUAAUUUCUCGGCAUGUAAAGGAUGUGGAAAUCGGCAUCAGCGCAGUCAAUGUCCAUUUCGCGAAGCAAUUUGUCACAAUUGUGAAAAGAAAGGCCACAUCGCAAAAGUAUGUCAAUCGGAGAAAAAACAACGAUCCAUCGAACAGGUAACAGCGACAACACAGUCAACAGCGCAACCAGCUGAACGAGUUGAUAUAGUAUAUCAAUUAAGUAAAGUCCACGAAAUUAACGCAAUUAAUCCGCUACGUAAGCAAAUUCUUAACGUUCUAAUUGACGGUUGCAAUACACAAAUGGAAUUGGAUACUGGAGCACCUUGCAGUAUUAUUAGUAAGGAAAAAUUACAAGCCAUCAAACCAGGAUCCAUAUUGCAAAAUACUAAUAGGCGAUUUGUAAGCUACACAGGUCACCAUAUUAAAUGCAUUGGCUCAACUCCUGUUAACGUAACAGUGGGGACAACUACGAAGAAAAUGGAUCUUUACGUUGUCGAUGGUCAUUUUGAUACUCUUUUUGGACGCGAAUGGAUUACACAAUUCGCUAGAGAUAUUAAUUUCGUCGAGCUAUUUACAAACGAGAUCCAUACGUUGACUACUACCGUACCUUGCCUUUCUACGAAGCAGAAAGAACAAAUGGAUCAUUUAUUAUCUAAUUACCAAGAUGUAUUUAGCGACAUUGCUGGUACACUGAAAGGACCGCCAGCCACAGUGCAUCUGAAACCAGAAACAUCACCGAUAUUCGUUCGAGCACGAGAAGUGCCGCUAGCAUUACGCGACGCUUAUGCGAAAGAAAUUGAAGCUAAAAUCGCAUCAGGUUUUUAUGAGAAGGUGCAACAUUCGGAAUGGGCAUCGCCCACACACGUCGUUGUCAAGAAGAAUGGGAAGCUGCGUAUCACUGGAAAUUACAAACCCACCUUGAAUCCUCGCAUGAUUAUAGAUGAACAUCCAAUACCAAGGAUUGAGCAUUUGUUCAGUCAAAUGAAGAAUGCGAAACUCUUUUGUCAUCUGGACAUUACCGACGCAUACACACAUCUACCGGUCGACGAAAAAUUUAAAGAAGUUCUAACACUGAAUACACCGACCCAUGGGUUAAUCCGUCCUAAACGAGCAGUUUACGGUGCAGCGAAUAUUCCCGCGAUUUGGCAGCGUAGAAUGGAAACAGUCCUCCAAGGUAUUCCAAAUGUAUUUAAUUUUUAUGACGAUGUUUUAAUCUUUGCAGAUAAUUUCGAGAACUUGAUGUUAACCUUGGAAACCGCUCUAGAGCGAAUGAGAUCACACGGUCUUCGACUUAAUCGAACUAAAUGUACAUUUGCCUCAUCAUCCGUAGAAUUCUUAGGUCAUAAAAUAGACGGUGCAGGCGUGCACAAAUCCGAUAAACACGUCGAGGCGGUACGGGACGCGCCAUUACCUCGUACUCCAGAAGAAUUACAACUCUUUUUAGGUAAAGCGACUUAUUAUAAUUCAUUUAUUCCGGAUCUUGCGACUAGAAGUCGUCCACUUCGAGAUAUGCUUCUCACUACUCCAUUUAAAUGGACAUCAGCAGGCGAAACAGCGUAUAAGGAUAUUAAGAAGGCUCUAAUUUCUCCACAAGUUCUAAUGUGUUACGAUCCUUCACUUCCGUUAGUCCUAGCAACGGACGCUAGCAAAAUAGGGUUAGGCGCAGUUCUCUCACACAAAUUGAGUAACGGACAAGAACGUCCGAUAGCAUACGCGAGUCGUACACUUAGUCACACUGAACAACGUUAUCCGCAGAUAGACAAGGAAGCGUUAGCCAUCAUCUGGGCCGUACAAAAAUUCUUUUACUACUUAUACGCGCGACACUUCACUUUGUUCGUAGAUAACAAACCGUUAACUCAGAUCUUACAUCCAGAAAAAUCUCUCCCUAUUCUUUGUAUUAGUCGUAUGGCCAAUUACGCCGAUUAUCUUUCACACUUUAAUUAUACAGUAAUAUUUAAGCCGUCUAAAUUGAAUAGUAAUGCAGAUUAUUGUUCUCGCUUGCCGCUAUCAACCACGAACAACACAGUCUACAGACUUGAAAUUGAAAAAGAGGAAGAAGCAAUAGACGAUGAAUUCGAUGAAUUUGUUUUAUGCCAAAUUAGACAACUUCCAGUUCGUGCAGAACAUAUAGCUGAGGAGACACGCAAGGAUCCACAUUUGGGCAAGAUCGUCAAAAUCUUAGAAACUGGCCGAGACCUCCCACGAGCAGGCUACAAAGCCCCUGAAGCCAAGUAUUCAUUAACUGCUGAUUGUUUGCUAUUCGAACAUCGGGUGGUAAUACCAGCCUCGCUACAACCAGCAAUAUUAAACGACCUGCAUACGGCACAUGUAGGAAUCGUUAAAAUGAAGGGCAUCGCUCGAUCAUUUGUAUAUUGGCCAGGGAUUGAUGCAGACAUCGAGCGGGUUGCAAAAUCUUGCGCGGAAUGCGCCAAGCACGCUCAUGCUCCUCCGAAAUCCAGGAACCACCAUUGGGAGUAUCCUAAGGGGCCAUGGGAACGCGUACAUAUUGAUUACGCCGGACCCGUAGCAGGCGUGAUGCUGCUUAUCAUCACAGACGCAUAUAGCAAAUGGCUCGAGGUGAAAGUCACCAACUCUACGACUACUGCAGCGACAAUCGCAAUCCUAGACGAAUUAUUUUCAACUUAUGGAGUUCCAGUUACCAUAGUUUCAGACAACGGUCGCCAGUUUGUUUCCGCUGAGUUCGAAACGUUCUUACAAGUCAGCGGCGUCAAAUAUCAUAAGCUUACAGCGCCGUAUCAUCCUUCGACAAACGGCCAAGCAGAACGAUACGUACAAACCAUCAAGAAUGCUUUAAAUACGAUGUCUACUACUCAAGGGACCAUACAACAGAACAUAAACCGAUUUCUGCAACAAUACCGUAAGGCUCCACACGCGACAACAGGACAGCCUCCUGCUAAACUCUUCUUAGGUCGCAAUAUACGAACUCGGUUAGACUUGGUCCGACCUGAUAGUAUGUACACCAAAAUGAAGGAGAAACAACUACAGCUUGAUCCUUCAUCUAGAUCAUUUAAACCGGGACAAACAAUUUAUUUCCUCUCGGGUAAUCCUCGGAUGGAUAAAUGGAUUCCAGGCAUAAUCGUUACCAGGCUAGGAGAUCUUCAUUAUGAAAUAGAAUACGCCAGUAAACGAUUUAAGCGACAUGUAGACCAGAUUCGCGCAUUCAUCAGUAAGGAAUCAGAAUGUUCAACUGAUCGCAAUCUAACACAAACUGAAGAAACGCAACCUAGCGUACCCCGACGAGUUCAUUUCUAUGGAGAUAAACCACAAGUCAUCCCGAAUGAAGCAGUGGGUUCUACGACUCCAAAUCCACAGUCAAAGAUGGUGAAGUUACCAUCGACGCCAGCCCACUCAACAAUCAGAUCGCAAGAGUCGUCACCAGAACUAUUUUUUACACCACCGGUUAUACCACGUAGGUCGACUCGAUCUCGUCAUCCUCCUAAUAGAUAUGUUCCAAGUUAA